CUAUUAAUGCUUCUUAGUCCUGCUCAGAAUGGAGGGCAUUUUGGAAUUUCUCCUGGACAGAACAUAAAAGCUGAAAGCACUACUAUAAAUAGAGGAACAAAAAUGGAGGAGCAGGGAGAAACCCGACCUGCUGAGAUGGAGAGAUCAGUAGCAGGUGGAAAAAGCUCCAACACAGUCCAAGUCACGACCAUUCAAGAGUUUCUGAGAGGCUCAGAUUCCCGUCAAAUUAAGCAGGAGCCAGAGGAGGACCUGCCACAGGGCUGGGAUGCCCAGUGGCAAGACUUUCUAAAGACCAUGCAGCCACCUCAUCCGCGAUGGAAAAACCCACCUCUCCCCAGUCCUCCCCAAUCAAGGGAUGGAGCCAAAGAACCUCAGGCCUCUUUGAAGAGAGCCACUAUUGCCAACCAGUGGCCAAGAAGAGAGCAGGUGGACCAAACCCUCAGUGAGAGUUGUGAAGAGCCCAUUUCCUCAGUAAAAGUGAAGGAGGAGAUUCUGGAUGAAGAAGGUGUGGUCAGUGUGGAAGUGGACCGUCAGCAUUUCAGGCAGUUCUCAUACCAAGAGGCCAAGGGACCCCGAGAAGUCUUCCUCCAUCUUGAAACCCUUUGCCAUCGGUGGCUGAAGCCAGAGAGACACUCCAAGGAGGAGAUCUUGGACCUCCUGAUCCUGGAGCAGUUCCUGAUCAUCCUGCCGGAGGAAAUGCAGAGUUGGAUCAAGGACUGCGGCCCGGAGACUUGCACCCAAGCGGUGGCCCUGGCGGAGGAUUUCUUGCUGCGCCUGCAAGAGGCUGAAGGGUUGCAAGGAAAGGUUUUGUGGCCUAUGGAAGACGUGGCUGUGAAUUCCCCCAAAUCGGAGCAGGAUCCAUCAGAGGAAAUGAACAUCCAGAUAUCAGCAGAUGCUGAGGAAGAGAGUGACAGGGAGACCAGUUUUCUGGCAGGCAACUGCCGAGGGUACGAAAACGGGGAAGAGAGCUUCCCGUUCGAAAGACAUGCUGAUGUUGGCCUCAGUGGACUGUCAUUGGCGAGACUUAAUGGGAAGUUUUUCCAAGUUUGUGGGUUGGGAGAGACUCCAGGAAGUGAACAGAGCCAAGAAAUCCGUCGGGAGAACCAGACAGAGAUCCAAGCUUUUAUUCACCAGAAACGUUUAGAAGGGAGUCCCUUUUCAGAGGGAAGCCACAAGGCGAAACGGAAAAGGACCAGCUCCAACUGGGGGACAGUCCUGCGUCCUAGCUUUGACUUCCCUCGGAACCAGAAGAUGCAAAAACUGUACACAUGCACCUAUUGUGGGAAGAUCUCCAACAACAGCGCACACAUGAUUAUCCACGAGAGGACCCACACUGGCGAGAAACCAUACAAGUGCUCAGAGUGUGGGAAGUGCUUCAGCACCAACUGCAACCUCAUGAAGCACACAAGAGUCCACACGGGAGAGAAGCCUUACAAAUGUUCUGACUGUGGCCGGAGUUUCAGUGACAAAGCUUCCCUUAUUGUCCAUGAGAGGACCCACACAGGAGAGAAACCUUACGAAUGCCCAAUGUGUGGAAAGAGCUUCACCUCCAGCUCCAAUCUCAUCACUCAUAAGCGGGUCCAUACGGGAGAGAAGCCAUACAAGUGCACCGAGUGCGGACAGAGCUUUGUUCACAGGCCGCAACUUGUCAUACAUAUCCGGACACACACAGGAGAAAAACCUUAUGAGUGCCUGGAGUGUGGCAAGAGCUUCAACCAGAAAGCAGACUUGAUCAUCCACGGGCGGACCCAUACUGGGGAGAAGCCAUAUGAAUGCACCGAGUGUGGCAAAAGCUUCAUUUCCAGUUCUUACCUCCGGAAACAUGAGAGGUUGCACACGGGGAAGAAAGCCCAAGCUGGGGAAGAAAGUCACAAAUGCACCUAUUGCCGGAAGAGCUUUAUCAGUCGGUCCAAACUUCUCAUUCAUGAGAGAACCCACACAGGAGAGAAGCCCUUUGAAUGCACUGAGUGCGGGAAAGGUUUCAGCACGAGCUCUAACCUGGUCAACCACAAGAGGGUCCACACAGGCGAGAAGCCCUAUGAGUGCUCAGAUUGUGGACAGAAGUUCAGUACAAAUUCCAACCUUGUCAAUCACCGGAGGGUGCACACAGGGGAGAAGCCGUAUGAAUGCUCGGAUUGUGGGCAGAGCUUUGGUCACAAAGCAUCCCUGAGGAGACACAAGAGAAUCCAUUCUCGAGAGACAACCACAUGAGUGCUUGAAAUGCAGACCCAAAAAUGUAGAUACUAGCGCUCGGCAUAGGAACGUAGGAAGCUGUCAUACACAGAGUUAGACUACAGGUCCAUACACUAUCUGUUAGGGGCUCUCCAGAACCUCAAAUAGAUCAUUUCCCAGCCUAAUCUUGAGCUUCUUGGAAUUGAUCCUCUGCAAUCAAAGCAUAGCCUGUACCUCUGCACUGUGGCUCAGCAACCAAGGUGACUACCUUUAUGCCUAUGAGAAGCCCACAAGGUGGAUAUGAAGGCAAGAAUGUCUGGAAUCCAAUGGCUGCAGUUCCAUUGCAGUUAUAUGGCAUCGAGUCCCACUGAAUGCAGUGCUGCCCUAGUGCAUAAGACCAAGGAUUUUCUAGCCCCGUUUUUCUUUUAAUUUGUUUUGUUAUUUCAAGAAUCUAAGAAACCAGAAGGUGCUACCUAGGUUGGGCAACAAACUAUUUGCUCUGUUCUGGGUACUUGUGGUGAAGUCUCCUUCUUUUGGAGGUUUUUAAGUAGAGGCUGGAUGGCCAUCUGUCAAGAGUGCUUUGAUUGUGUAUUCCUACAAGGAAAGGAGAUGACUUGGAUGGCCCUUGGUGUCUUUUCCAAAUCUAUAGACCCUUUUCGGUUUCUUACCUUAAACCAGAGGUGAACCAAAUGCAUGCAGCCCACCCUAGGGCCCAAGCAAAGUGUGUUAAAUAUACAUAUAUAUUGCCCCCAAAGGCUCUCUAGGAGACAAGGGGGCAUUUUAGCUCCAUUUUAGUACCAUCUCCGGGCCAUUUUAGGACCAGCAGAGAACUUACUUAAUAUUAAACAAGAAAGUGAAUAGGAAGUGUCUUAUGGUAACUUCCUCUUUAAAAAAGGAUCCUCCUAGGCCUAAAAUGAAUGAGACCCAGUGUGGUGAAGUGUUUUGAGUAUAGGACUAGGACUGUGGAGAUUGGAGUUCGAGUCCCUGCUUGGCCAUGGAAAUCUACUGAGUGACCUUGGGCAAGUCACACCCUCUCAGCCCUAGGAAAGCCUGUGAUAGGGUCGCCAUAAGUCAGAAACGACUUGAAGGCACACUACAACAACAACAGCAACAGGCUUUAAAUGACCUGGAGAGCCCAAAGCCUUGGGAGAAAUGCCCCUCACAGCCCCUAGGUAUUUGAGGGAAGUCUGGGUCAAUUUUUAAUUUUUUUAUGGGGGAGUAUGAGGAGGUGGUGGCCCCAUGGGGAGCUGUGGGGAUGGCAGUGCCCUAUGGCCACCCACACUUGCCCAUCCCUGCCCUUAACCAAACAUGGACAAAGUGUGUCCUUCUGGAUGUUAUUGUUCUGCAACUCGCAGCAGUCAUACCCAGUAUCGCCAGUGUUGAGCAAUGCUUGGUGUUGCAGACCAAGAAGUUCUGGAGGGCCAUAUGAUUCCCACCCUAUACCUUAAAUUAAAUAUGUUGCACUGGCCAUUCUUGCACUUUGUGGUAAGCUGUGGUCUGUUGCUUUCAUCUUGAUUUGCACACAGAGGAACAAACAAGUCGUACUCUGUUUCCCCAUUCUUGGUUGUUUCAAAAUUUCCUGCCUACCCACCCUUUUUGUCAGCUCCUGUUUCAGGGUGGGCAGUUAUGGGAACAAGACUUUGUUCUCUAGGAUAACAAUAAGCUACAGUUCAAACUGUCAAACAAUAAGCUACAGUUCGGGUUUGAGUUCAUUAUCUAGCAAAAAGUUAUAGCCUCCUAAUUGUGGUUUGUGGUAGCUGAUCAUAACCGGUGUGGUGUAAUGCUUUGAAAGCUGAUCUGUAACUCUGGAGAGGGUUCGAAUCCUUGCUUGGCCCUGGAAAUAUUACACCUGAAAGCUGGUCAGAUCAAUCCAUAACUGGCUAAAAAAAUGGGUCAAUAUAUUUUUAAAAAAACCAAAAAACGCUGGAAAAAGAGGGGGAAAAUCAGCCAAAAUGGCAGCCAAAAGUAACAUAGUGUCACUUCCAGGCCCAUCAGGAAUGGGAUGAGUAUAUAUGUUUAUGUAUGUGCCUUCAAAUCCUCUGUCGACUUAUGGCAACCCCAUGAAUUUCAUAGGGUCUUCUUAGGCAAGGAAUAGUCAGAGGUGGUUUUGCCAAUUCCUUCUGCAGAAAUAUAGCCCACAACUCUUAGGGGCAAUUAAGACGUCGUUUUUUUAGUGUGACUAUGCAAAUUUAUGCAGCCGUGCAUUCCAGUUUUGUUGUUCACACUAUUUAUUUAUUUUUGUCGGGCCACAUCUGUGCAUAUUCUGUUGCUCACACGUGUCAGCACUGCGAAUAAAGAUGGAAUUGAUGAUGCGGUUGCAUUUGAAAUACAUUCUAGCAUGCAGCGUUUUAUCCAGGUUUAUCCCGUGUCUGUUUGCAUUGGUUAUUCACACUGCUGACAAUGUGAAUCUUUUUUAAAAAUGAGGAAAAAAAGUGUGAGAUAGAAUAUCCCAGGUUAAAGUGGGUUUUUUGGCAGCCCACCCCACAAAAAAAACUUUAUUGGAUGCAUUCGAAAUGAAUGUGAACAACAGAGAUUUAUCCCAUGUUUAACCUGGAUUAUUUUCACAGUCUGAAUAACCCCCUAUUGCUAUCAGCCCUCCACAUGUGCAGCUUUGACUUUUGUGGGUUUGGUUAUUCACGGAUUUGAUUAAUAUGCUUUCUCUAGAAAUCUCUAGGUCCUCCAGCAUGACUCUGUGGCUGAAUUCCACCAAAAGUUGUACUAGAGGAUCUAGAGAUUCUUAUAGAGAAUGCUUAUCUAGGCAUUCGUAUGUCCUCCGGCGCAAUUUCAUGUUCAGCUUCUGUCAGAUGUUGGCCACAGAGUUUCGCUGGGGAUGUAGAAAUUUCUUGAGAAUACACUUUUCUAGGCGUUUGUAAGUCCUCCAGUGCAACUUCAUGGUCAACUAGAGUUGCACUGAGGGACCUAGAAAUUCCUAGAGAGUUGUUCUCACAUUAAAAAGGUGUUUUUUUUUUAAUAUUUGAGGUUUCACACAGGUCCUGUGCCCCUAAACCCCAACGAAUGUGCAGGGUCCACUGUAUUCAUUGGCAGUUUCUUAUCCAAGUACUAACCAGGGCUGCCCUGCUUAGCUUGCAAAAUCAGACCGGUACUGGUGCCUUUCAGGUAUUUAGGCCCUGGGUUCAAGCGUAUAGUCCCAAUUCCUUCUACAGUUACCCACAGAGGCAUCUAGUACUGGUGGGAGAAUAUAGCAGGUGUGGGCUGCCUCUGAUAGUUUACUCUUCCAUGAAUCUGCUUACUUCCUAUCAAAGCUUGCAGCUUGUGGACUUCUUGUGGCAGGGAAUUCCACUGUUUAACAAUGCAGUCUGCAAAGGAAUACUUCCCUUUCAUUUGUCCCAAUCACCCACCAUUCAACUCCCAAUAAGUGUUCCUGGGUUUUAGUGUUACAAAGAAGGUUGAAAAGGAACAGGAAUGGACCCGAGUUCAAUGAACUGUAUGUUGACUUACUGUUUAUGUCUGAAUCUGGACAUAGUCUGAAUGAGGAUGAACAUGGAGGAAUUGGGGGUGUCCCUGAUUCAGUCUAGAGCAGGAGUGGGCAAAGUAUGGCCCUCCACAUGUUGUUAGACUGCAUAUCCCAGCAUCCCUCACCAUAGGCAGUGCUUGGCUAGGAUUGAUGGAAGCUGGAAUCCAACAACUCUUUGCCUACCUCUGACCUGAGCAUCUCUUAUAAAGAGGACGUGUUUGAGUCUUGAACCCUGAGUUGUGGCACACUACCAAGACACAAGGCCUUUUCUUUAUAGAAUGAGGAAUUAGUUGGAAUAUUGGAAAGUAGAGGACUUGAAGAAAUGAUUUAUUAUAGAAAUAAAAAAGUUGAUUUAAAAAUAGCUUUGAAAUAGACUGGAUGCAAUGUGAUUAAUUCUCAGAGGGGAUAUACGGGAAGGGGAUCACCCAGCUUAGGGGGCAUCUACACUGUAGAAAUCAUGCAGUUUAACACCACUUUAAGUGUUGUAGCUGCAUCCUAUAGAAUCCUGGGAUUUGUAGAUUCACAAGGGCUUUAGCCUUCUCUGCCAAAAUGUGCUGGUGCCUCACAAAACUACAAGUCCAAUGAGUCUGUACAAUGGAAGCCAUGGCAGUUAAAGUGGUGUCAAACUGUAUUAUUUCUACAGUGUAAAUGCACCCUUAGAUGUGUCGUUUGCUUGUGAAACUGAUAGGUAAAGGAAUUCAGUUCCAUGUAAGAAAGAUGGGGCAUACUGCAGACAUGGCAAGUAUCCUUUUUGAAAUGAGAGGUGGCUUAUGCAAAAUAAUUAAACAAAAAUAAAUCCAGAAGACUUCCAAUCAUGUCCAGUUUUGUCUUUUGGGCUAAUGUGGGUCACAUAUGUG